CUGUCUUCUGAGAAGAACAACCCAGCAAACUGAUGGGAGUUUGGUGCAGUUUAGACGGGCAGUCAGUGUGUGUGAGUGCGUGUGAGUGUGGGAGGAGAGAAAGAGUUAUAAUUUGGCAGUAAAGGCUGGGCUUGACUUACACACAGUAAUUAAUGCACCUUAAAGUGCCAACACCAGAGAAUUGUGCCAACCCAGACUAUUAGAUUUGGCUAGUUUGGGUUAAGUGAAAAGCGGAGAAAUAUGGACUGAGGAUUAACUAUUUCCUCUGUGGAUCCUUCAGUAGAGGUGACUGAGAUGAGGGCGAUCUGGAGAGUGCUGAGCAGAGAGCAACUGGCUCUGUUCCUUUACUGCGCUGUGCUACUGCUCAGGGCUGAGGUGGGGACGUUAGAGGCAAACAAAGAAUCAGACACGGUCUGCAUAUUCCAUGAUAAGAAAUAUCGGAUGGGAGAGAGAUGGCAUCCUUACCUGGAGCCUUACGGAUAUGUCUACUGCAUAAACUGCCUGUGCGCUGAGACCGGACACGUGAUCUGCACUCCCGUGAAAUGUCCAACUCUGCCCUGCUCCAGCCCAGUCACAGUCCCCCAGCAAUGCUGCCCUCGCUGCUCAGAAGAGCAUCAUAUCUCGACGGCUGUUAAGAUCAUUGGGAAAUCGUGUGAAUAUAACAGCACCACCUAUCAGCAUGGGGAGAUGUUUGGAGCUGACAGUCUCUUUCAGUCCAGGCAGAUUAACCAGUGUGCUCAGUGCAGUUGUUCGGAAGGCAACGUGUACUGCGGCUUGAAGACGUGCCCGAAACUGACCUGCUCAUUCCCAGUCUCCGUCUCAGACUCCUGUUGUCAGGUUUGCAGAGGGGAAGGUGACUCCUCAUGGGACCAAUCUGAUGGGGAAAUAUUUCGACCACCAGCCAACAGGGAGGCGAGGCACUCAUACCCGAAGACACAUGAAUCUCGAGGCCCCUCUGGAGAUCCUGUUGUUAGUACACCUCGGGUCCCGAGUUUAAGACCUCGAGUGCAGCUGCCCGACCCUCAACAGGGAUCUGGAACCAUUGUCCAGAUUGUGAUCAACAGCAAGCACAAGCACGGCAGAGUCUGUAUCUCUAAUGGAAAGACCUACUCAGACGGACAGUCCUGGCACCCGACACUGCGGCUCUUUGGGGUGAUGGAGUGCGUGCUGUGUACGUGCAAUGUGUCAAAGCAGGAGUGUAAGAAGAUCCACUGCCCCGAGACCUACCCCUGCAAAUACCCACAAAAACUAGAGGGGAAAUGCUGCAAGGUUUGCCCAGCACUAGAGGAGACUGGGUUUACCCGAGAUGAAGGGAAGGAUUUGAGCUGUGGAGAGGAAACGGUUCCGGUCUACGAAUCCUUCUCAGUCCAGGACACCGAGUCUCAAAAAUACAGCAAGAAAAUUGCUGUGAAGAUCGACAGCCUCCCCGAGGUGGAAGUCCACAUCUGGACACUAAUAAAAGGUGUUCUGUAUCACUUCCGCACGGAGAAAGUAUCGAGGAAAGACUUUGAGAAACAGAUCAACCACGGAACUUUUACACUGCUCACACAGACCACUCAAAGUCGGUGGAAGAUAUUCCGAGAGGGUGAAGCACAAAUCAGCCGAAUAUGCAAGAACAGAGAGUGUAAGACAGAGCUGGACGACUUGCUAAAGGUUCUACAGCUGAACAAAUCAGACAAGGGACACUGCUGAAAGAGAGAGAGGGAGGGGGAGAGAGAGCGAGGGAGAGGGGGAGGGAGGGCGGGGUGAAGGCAUGGGCGAACUUUGAAAUAAGAAGGGUCUGCCAAAUUAAAACCCUGGUCUGUAGCUGGCCUGCAGUGUGUGGCUCUGUUCAUAUUAAAGAGCUCCUCCAAAAUGCAACCUAAGCAAGGAGAAAAUUGGAAAGUCAACAAACAAAUUGGGGUUAUCUCUCUUUAUCACAAGUAUUAUAUGAGAAGGAAAACAGAAGCAAGCGGCUUUGGGGAGGACAAAGUGUGGAGGGUGAUCCCAGCAUGUAUUUAUUUAUAUUAUAUCAAAAGUACAUUUCUGACCUUAAUUUUCUUGAGUAUGUUUUUUUUAGCCAGUCAAUGUAUGUACAUUAAUAUCCAAAUCACUUCAUGUAUAUCCCUUGUCUGUGUUACGUUAAGUUUCCUCCUUUGAUCCAUAAACCUGCGGAAUAUGUUGACAAUAUCUUUGAAGGCAUUUGUACCUUAUUUAUGUACUGACACGGUAUUGUCUCGCUCAUCUUUACAAACUAAUAAAAGUAUAACCAGUCGUCAAAA